AAACGGGCAUUGACCGCUCCUUAUGCAUGGUAAAAGGAAAGUAUAUCACCGCAACAAAUUGUUUGGAAAAUAAUUAACAGUGUGUUUCACAACCAUUCGCGUGUGUGUAGACAUAUGAAACUCAUUAAUUUGAGAGAAAAGUCGAACGUUUGCGUCUGGAAUCAGAUACGAAACCAAAAUGACUGGCUCCUGACUUCCUAAUUUAGCAUUCUGAUCGACAUUCAACAUGGCGAGAAAAUUUGAGGUGCUAGCACAUGGAUGUUGCUGUCGCAUGUGGUGGGCGACCUUCAGGUCAUGACCUUGCACCGAGCAACCCGGUGAAGGAAAUGACAGAGAAGUUUGUUACCGAGAUGUGACUCCACUGAUGCUAAUCCUUGUGUUGUAAUAACAGCUUCGCCAACACGUUCUCUCCUCCUAACAUGCAAGCUGGAACGUUUAGGAUUCCUUGAAAUAUUUUCACAGAUGACAUUUUGAGAAUAUUUACAGAUUCAACAUUCAUGUGCAAUUUGUAGUGAAUUAGGACUCCUUUGUUGAGGAUUUGUGUUUGUUUUCCCUCCCAUCGAGGAUUAUGUUGUUAUGUUUUAUGUCCAGUGCAAUAAUGGCUCUACGAUGCAGUCAACGAUUAUACGCAAAUGGCUGAUAUGUGGAUAAUGGUGGAUUCAAUGCCUUUUGGUUGACGACGUCACGCAGUGGUCAUGGCGAAAAAGGCAGAGGGACGCACUUUUAACAUCGGCGUGAUCGGAUUAUCUGGAACUGAACGGGAGAAGGGGCAAUAUGGUGUGGGCAAAUCCUGUCUUUGCAAUCGAUUCCUGUACCAGGUGGCUGACAAGUACCACACAGAACACAUCUCUGUGUUGUCGCAGAGUGACUUCGCUGGACGGGUCAUCAACAACGACCACUUCCUGUACUGGGGCGAAGUCACCAAAACGGAUGAAGGGAACAAUUUUACUUUCAAUGUGGUGGAACAGACUGAGUUUAUAGAUGAUGUGUCGUUUCAACCAUUCAAAACAGGGAGGACGGAACCUUACACCAAAAGAUGUGUUCAAACCAAAGUGCAGUCUGCGGAGAAACUGAUGUACAUUUGUAAGGACCAACUUGGUAUGGAAUCAGACUAUGAACAGAAGCUGAUGCCAGAAGGAAAGUUAACCAUUGACGGCUUCAUCUGCUGUUUUGACGUCAGUCAGGCCCCCCAGCGGCCAGUUGACAAGCAAGUGGAAUUCGUGGCAGCGUUGCUGAGCGCUGUUCUCAAAGCCAAGAAACCGCUGGUUCUUGCAACCACAAAACAUGAUGAUGCAGAGGAACUUUUUGUGGAAAAAGUAGAGAAAUUACUCAACAGACGGGAGUUCAAAGGAUGCUUUCCAUUGGUUGAAACAUCCGCACAUGACAAUGUGAAUACAGAGCUUGCUUUCAUGACUCUAGCCCACCUCAUUGACAAGACUAAAGCUCGAGCCAAAGUGAUUCCUUUCAAUGAAGCAUUGAAAGCUCGGCAAGAAAUCCUCGGGGUUGCAAACAAAGCCUAUCAGAACUUGCUCAAAUUGCAUGUUACAGAUCCAGUGCUAAGUUGGCUGGCGUGUCGGAAGAAAUUUGUGAAUGAGCCUGAUUUUGGACAUUAUGUUGACCUCUUUGGUACAGAUAAGGCAAAGAAGUUGUUUCGCAACCAUGUAAAACACCUACGGGAUGAGCAGAUUCAGCUGAAGGAACAGACUUAUUUGUCCCAGAUACCCAAGAUUUUAAAACACUUCCUCCCUAGUCUAGAUGCAAUAGGUGACAGGAGCUGGCCAACAGUUCAGAAGAACAUCCAGAAGCAUGAAGACUUCUCCAAGUAUUUUGUGGACGCUUGCACGUCAGGGCAGGGCACAUGGAAGACGACUGAUGCCUUCCUUGACAGCCAGGAUGAGACCAGGAUACCAUUUGAUUUGCUCAACUCCCCUGAUGCAGAGACCUGCUUCAGGAACCACGUCAACGAGCUGCAGGCGAACCACCGUAGGAAGGAACUCCAGCGACAGUUCAAGAAGCUGCUGGAGGAGAAUCACCAGGUGACACCGGGGAAGACGCUAGGGGAGACGUACGUGUUCUUCGUAGGGAAGGAGGGGUACAACGGGCUGGAUGAGACGGACCGCAGCAUCGUGUACGAACAGCAUCAGCAGGAACUGCGACAGCAGGCCAAGCAUGAGUUCCAGGAACUCCUGUGGGAACAGUCACAGAUAUUUCUGAAUCUCAAUUCCACAGGGAGGCUGACGCCAGAAGACCUGAAGGGCAUCACGUUAGCACUGCACGAUGAUCCUAGGUACAAGGUUCUCUGUCGCCUGGAGGAGGACCGUAAAGUGAUGAUUCUCAACCAUCUCGGCUUCAUCCAGUGUCCAUCCAAGGAUCGGUGCUACUUCCGGGAGAACUGUGUUGACCUGCAGUCCCAAAAACUACUGUCCUCCAGGUCAUCCAGGCCGGAGGUGGUCCAGUCAUGUGAGAUCGAGGAUGGGUCAGAACGGUGUCUCAACCUGGUGCUGCUUGGCAAGGACGGACUCGCCAAAGAUGUCAACCUGGCUAUCAGGAAUCUAUGUAUAGACGAUGAGUAUGUUCAUGAUAGUGUCAACUACAGCCUUGACUACCGGCCUAUAGAUGGCGAUGUCAGUUUGGAGCAUAAUGCAUUAGCCACAGCUAACUUCAAACCACAUGGAUGUGUGUGUGUCUACAACUCCUUGCACACUCUGACGUAUGUGCGGGAGAGUCUGGAACGCUCACUGUUCACUGAUCUCGAGCAGGAUGUACAGGCCCUCAACGGGAUGCCCAUUGCAGUCAUUCAAGCAUAUAAUUCUAGUCAAAGUGACAAGGAGCGGGAGAUACUCCACGAUGAUGGCCAGAAUCUUGCCAAAAGGUUACAUGGUGAAUUCAUCAACAUUCCUGAGGACAUAGAUGAGGCCUCACAUACGCAGUUUGACAGCUGUCAGAUCCACCGGGCGCUGCAGGCUGUCAUUCGCCGCUGCUCAUCAAGCAUGGGGGGCUGGCUCCUCUCAGAGCAUGCACAGCCAGAUAUCAGGAUAUCUGUGUGCAUGAUGUGCGGUGAUGAGUUCAUGGUGGACGUCCCGCUAGGACCCUUCUUGAAUAAUGAAUUCUGCAGAGUGUCACCUAAAGCACCCCAUCUCAUUACUCUGGACACUUUCCUGGAGUAUCAGAAACAGCGAAUAGAAAUAGAAGUGUCAUCUUACCAUGGGGACAGCCACGACCUUCAACAAGUCACACAUGGCUACAUUCUUGUAUACUCCGCCAAACGGAAAGCUUCUCUUAUGACGCUCAGAGCAUUUGCUUUGCGUCUCCCCAAUGUGCCUAAACUGAUCCUGGCAGUAUCGGACAGCAGCGGUGCGUCGUCCUUCUACUCCAGUCAGUACAGUCAACGUCUCAUCACCGACGGCAACUCACUGGCAGACCGCAUUGCCGCUCACUUCAUGACCACCACAGCCAACUUCACACAACAGAACACGGGAACAGCAGUAUACAACCCUUUCUUCAAGGAAGCCUGGGAGAGAAAGGAGGAAUCAGAGGACAUGUUCCUCGAGCCAGUGGACGAGCAGAGCCCACCGGCAUACGACGACCGCAGCACCUACAUUGACCGAAGGCCUCCAGCCCCACUGCCAUACAAUACUUAUCAUACCACCAAGAGCAGUACAAGUAAUAGCCAAAGCACAGAGGACUCAGAGCCUUUGUACGACCAGCCCAAUCUGUACCAAGGUCGCUACCCUUCCGACAGCGACCAUGACCGGGCGUCCUCAACGUCACCCGUACCAUCAGGGGAAGACAUCUACGCAGAAGUUGGACCACAGUCAAAUGGUGAACAUCUAGUCAGACCGAGCUAUGUGAAGACUCGGCAACACAUGCAUGCGGUCCAACAAUACAAAGACCAUCGGAAGUCUCUGCCGAUACUGGAGAGCUCCUGUGACUCUUCUCGCCUGAUGAGCGAGAGUACGGAGUUUUCCGACUCGGACGUUCAAUCGAUUAGUCACUUCCACAAGUCCAGUAGUAUGAAGCUAGAGAUGCCUGUUGAACCGUCAGAGCAGCUUCAGCCAAAGUCUCUCCUUGUGUUGUUUGUGUUUCUGUCUAUCUCAUGCCUCCUUUCCAUCGUCUUUCUCUCCAAGCUUGGGCGCUUAACGAGCACAUGCGUCGCCACCAUGAGAGGAAGUACGCCGCUGCCGCCGCGGCAGCCUGCAAGCAGACCUCUAGCAGCGAAGAUGGCUGGGUGGACAACAACCUAUAUGAGACAGCCAGUGCAAUGCACCACGACCGAGUGUGGGGGGGACAACGACUUGUACUGCCACGGGGGCGACCCUAUGGAUAUCCGCCACCCCCGGUACGGUCCUGUGUCCCCCGAGGAUGCAGUGUGGGCAGAUGAGCAGUACAGUCCACAGGACACCAGGCCACAUAGACGAUCACAGUCUCGAGGAAGUCAUGAUAGGCCCAAGAUGUCUGGCAGUAGAGUGCAGGCUCCUCUCGCAGUGCCUGAGCCCAUCGAGAUAGCAGACUACUGUACAGUGAAGGAUGCUGUGAACACGUUCGAGCCUCUGGAGAACGACUACGGAACAGUGCAGGACGCUCUACCUCGGGGGAAACUCCAUCGUGUCAAGUCCUCCUCUGGCAAGAAAGAAAAAGGUUCCGAUUCGGAAGACUCUGACUUCAGUUCACUGGAGCGUGACCAGCAUGAAGAGGUGGCCCCAACUGCUAGGGUCACUAGGCGCCCCACCCCCUACAGGAAGAAGGGCAAACAGAGAUCUCAAGACAGUGCCAUGCAGUCCGUAGACAAACGAAGGCCUAUCGGGCUUCCGAGGGGGACCACAUUUGGGGGGAAAUCAGUUCGCAGCAACUCCCCGUCGGAAGGGAGUGAGGGGACCGGGGACGAGUGUCCCGGCAGGAGGAAGGAGAAGAAGAGGCGGUCAUUCCGUCGUCAGAAAGGCUUCGUAGUCAGCCAGAGUCCAGGGAGAGCCAUCAGUCCACCCAUGUCCGACAGUGACCACAUUGUCGGAUCCCCCCCUGGUCGCCCAUUUCAUAACGAGAAUCAGUUUGAGCCUAUGAUUCCCCCUUACUCCACUAUGCCACACAGUCGGCUUGGUUGUUUCCCACAGAGGAGACGGAAUGAUGGCGGCAACCAGUUCCUGGUGAAACUGAAGUCCAAAACAAUGCGGGACCCAGAGAAGCAGAGGAAGAAGGAGGAGAAGAGACGACAGAAAGAGGAGGAGAAGCGCCUUAAGGAGGAGAGGAAGAUGAAGAAGAACCCCAGCAAGAGUUCUGGUCCGUCCCAGAGCGGCUGUUGCCUGGAAGACUUCCCCACCUCCACCGACAAUCCCCUCAUCCCACUGUUUGUGGAGAAGUGUAUCAUCUUCAUCGAGGAGGAAGGUCUGUACGCAGAAGGUAUCUACCGAAUACCUGGCAAUAAGGGGCAGGUGGAUCUUCUCACAUCCAAGUUUAAUGAAGACAUCAACACGGACAUUCAUUCACUAGAUAUACAAGUGAAUGCAGUGGCUACCAUCUUGAAACAGUUCUUCAUGGACCUGACCGAGCCCCUCAUCCCAGUGCAGCUGUACGAUGAACUCAUCAUUGCAGCAGAUGGAAAAGACAGAAAAGGUGUUCGAGACAAGAGCAGUCGGUUGUUAGCCCUGCGAGGAGUCCUCAAGAAACUGCCUGAUCAGAAGUACAAACAGAACUUUGAAGUACUGAAGUAUCUUAUCACACAUCUACACAGAGUAUCAGAACACAGCGAGCACAACAGCAUGGAUGAUUCCAACCUGGCCCGAUGCUGGUGGCCGACCCUGAUGCGGGUGGAGAUCACGUCGUACGAGCAGAUGGGCCAGUACUCUGUGUUCCUGGUCAACAUCAUGCAAACCCUCAUUGAACAAUAUAACUUCUUCUUCCACGGCGGGGACGAGGUAUGAGGGCGCCGCCACACCACACAGGCAUCAACCCACAGCUGCCAAACUCACCUGGCGGCACCGAUGACGCAGCAAGCCCGACCAACAGCAGGAAAUAUGUUCUGCUUUGUGCGAUUUUCUACUCACGAUGUGCCACGUCACAUCUCAAGUGCAACGCAUAAUACCCAGAAAACAGUGUUCAUCAUCUGUAUGUGGCCAUAUGGGAGGUAGAGACGCCGCCGCUAUGUGUUAAGCUUGGCAUAUCAAGUGCUGAAUCAUUGUGCGACCAGUGUGUGCUGGUAUUUCACAUUGCCUUAACCCAUUACCCUUGUGGUAUACUGGUUAGUCGGUCAAGCCGAACAGCCAUUUGCUCGGCUGUCGGCCACGACUCACAGUUAUGGCAAAUUGUUGCUCUCUCUGUUGUUAAUGCUUGUUACUUUUAUACCUUCUUUAACGCGGCGUGUCACACGCCACAGCCUACCGCAACACCAGACUGACGAACCGACAGAUGGACACAGGUCAUAGUUAGUUGUUGUCAUUACAUCCAUGUACGGUGUUUGUAUAUUUGUGCAUAGUUGUUGAUCGUGGUGUUUUUAAUCAUGAUUACUCAAUAGGCAUAUACAAUAGCAUACUACCGGCUCAUUUCCCAUUUCUGUUUACACCAUUGACGAUCCAAAUAUAAUUGAUUUCUUUGUUGUUAAUUUAAAGACCUUUUUUAUCUGUGAUAAAUGAACUCGCUGUUCUGUAAAUGUGUAUUCUAGAGGACUGUGCCCUAUUGGAGUGUUAGUGUUGUUUUAGAAUUAGCCGAUCUUGGUGCUGAGAAUUGUUCGACCAGUAGCCAGAGCAGGAAGAGGGCAAGUCUCCCUCACAGAUCCUGUUCGCAGAAUCAACUGUUAUCGUCUUUAAUAUUUAUAUAUGCUGAGACCGUUACGGCAGUUCUGGUAGUGAUAGUGGUGGCCAUGAAGCAGUAUCUGCAACCUUUCACUCUGUAAAAUUGUACAUAUUUCUAAUUUAAGACAUAAGAUUGUUGUCGCCUUUUGUGUCAAAUGAAUAAAUGUAUGAUGCUCAUGUGAAGUUCUUAUUUUGUUGGUUUUAAAAUGAAGAAAGGAACAAAUAGGUGUUAAGUUCCGAUAUUAACAAGCCUGCCUGAAAAAUCAUGAAGGGGUCUUCUCAUGGUAAUUUGGGGAGGAAGUUUCUGUCUAUUUGAGCUCAUGAACCUUUGCUGAUUUUGACAGCCAGCAAAGUAAUUUUUCAACAACUUAAAUCAACCAAGGUGUAUAUGUAUAAAACUUGUUUGGUUGAGGAGUCUGAAAUUUGAAAGAUCAAUAUUGUCAAUAUAUUAAAUAUUUUUAAAUAUUUCAACUAAAUGCUAAGUAUUGCCCAGUAAUCGUACAUAUCAGGUCCAUAAUGUUGGGCACAGUAUUACAACCUGACUGUUUGGAACGAAGCCUUCAGUCUGUUGAACUUAGAGCAAGAGCCUUGUGCUGUCAGUCAGCGUCAGACAUUUAGCCCUCUUGAUUGGCAGUUGUGGGCUUGCAUGUUCAACUAGAAACACAAGGUUGUGACAUAUGUCCAUUUCCAUCCCAUAUCAUUUUGUGGUUAAUAAACGUGGAAAUGAAAUAGAAAUCUGGGAUAUUAGGGCAGGUUGCUAAAUAUGUACUUACAAUUACUGACUUUGUUGCCAUCGCCACUGCUGUAAAUUUUGUUCACAAUUACAUUUACUUCUUCAAUUUAACAAAUGUAACCCCUAUCCAGAUUGAAUGUGAAGUCACAAAGCACAAGAUUCAUUUCAAUCAAAGUUGUAGAUCGAUCUCAAAUGUCACUCAUAAUCAUUGAAAGCAAGUUGAGUUCAUGAAAUGGGAAGCUUCAUUUCAGCCGAGCUCCUCUCAUACAUUGACAGUCAGACAAUCAUAAACAUCCUUAUUUUCUAAAUCAACAUUGUUCUAUUUUUAUCCUGUCAAUUUUGCUACCACAAACAACCAACUUCAUCGGUAAAUGAUUCUGUUGUGUGACUUGCAUGAAUCUUGAUAUCACAGGUUAGAUGUCUAAGAAAUUAAUAUUGUUUGUUAUGACAAUAAGCAUGAUUAUGCUCAUUUAAAUUUGAAAUGGAUGGAGCUCACAAAGGACCUUGACCUUCCUACAUCUCUCGUACAGGUGUUGGGGCUAAGAAAAGAAUAUGGAGGCUGUACAUAUGUAAUACUAAUGUCACAUGAGUAUUAUGAGAGGAUCAGUGACAGGUCAGGCCAAAUGAUUGGGGUCGUGUCACUUGCACAAGUGAUGUCUGUGAUAUGUGUUUGCCUUCGCAGUCAUAACAUGGAGUCAUUGUGUGCAACUACUUAGUCAGAUAGAAUAUGGGCUUGUUGAGUUCGUAUGACCCCCCAGCAACAAUACUAAAUCAAAAUUGUUAUUUCACAAACGGAUCUUGUUGAUCCUUAUGUAUACCAGACUGCCUUGCUGAGGUGAUAUUGUGUUCACUGAUGCAUAUCACGUUUCAAUGGUGAGUACAUGUUCCGGUUCCCCGAACACCGGUACGACAGACAGUGGGCAGGGCUGGUCCAUCAGUAUUGACUAUAGGUAAACAACAUUUUAUUUGCUUUGAAUAUCCUGUAACGUGUACACUGCUUUGACAAUGUUCUGUCUCAAACUUUUUGUCAUGAAUAAACUGGAAACAAUUUACAGUGGAAA